CGGUCAUUAUGCGCAAAAACUAGAGGCUUUGCGGCAGCCCAGAUUCUUUUUUGUUAGAAGACAAUUUACAGCUUUGUAAUAGAUCUUUUUAUGAGCCUAUUUCGUCUGUCAUUGGAUGCCACUGGUCAUGUGCAAGACACAAACGUCUUCAUGACCCCUUUUCAUGAUUUCCCAAGCGAUUUUUCCACUACAUUCUGUGGCUAAAGGCUCCAAAUCCAAAAUACACAGUGUGCUCAUAUAUUUAAAUAUAUAUUUUUGCUAUGUGCUGUUAUCUGUGCUAGAGAUCGAGAAGACAAACUCAAGGCUUUGGUAACGUGCAUUACCGAUUGUGUAUGUUGUCAGAUGCUAUGGGGGCUACAAGAGUUGCAUUUCUAAACAGAGCAAGUAAUACAGUACUGGACGACUGAUUUGAAGCAAGCUUCAUAAAAUUCUCCAGCAGCGCAAGAGGCAAAACAUGGAUUACAUGGCUUUGUUGGGUCGCCGUCUAAAUUAUGAAGAUCGCUUGAGGAGAAAUAGAGAAGAGAAAACCACAGACUGCGGUCAAAGGACAGAAAAUCUGUGGGAAGCUCCAAUCACGUGAUUGAGAAGUCCAUGCAAUUGGACAGGGGUUCACAGGCUCUCUUAGUUUGAACCUUCGCAAUGCAGAAAGCCACUUAUUAUGACAAUGCUGGACUUUUCGGAGGAUAUUCAUACCCUAAAUCUGACUCCUAUACAUACGGUCCUACACAUCAGGGCUUCUCAUCCUCCAGCAUAGAGAAUGACUAUCAAAACCCAAUCUGUCCCAUUCAAACCACGUCAGUCCGGCCACCAGCACAUAAAAAUGGAGACAUCAAUGGCAGUUGUAUGCGACCAAGUGCCAGCCAGGGCAACAGCCAACCAGAGAGUAUCAGUGAGCAACAGCAGCAGCAGCAGCAGGCUGCUCCUUUAGCGGCCAGCUCACCCAGCCCUAACAGCAACUCGACACAAAAAAAGAAAUCGCCCAGCACCACUGGUUCCAGUACUGCCACCCCAGUCAUCACCAAGCAAAUUUUCCCAUGGAUGAAAGAGACCCGCCAAAACGCAAAGCAGAAAAGCACCAACUGCCCAGCUGCAGGAGAAACCUGCGAUGACAAGAGUCCACCUGGCCCUGCCUCGAAACGAGUGCGCACUGCCUACACCAGCGCCCAGCUAGUUGAACUGGAGAAGGAGUUUCAUUUUAAUCGCUACCUGUGUCGCCCCAGAAGAGUGGAAAUGGCUAAUCUGCUCAACCUCACCGAGCGCCAAAUAAAGAUCUGGUUUCAAAACAGGAGGAUGAAGUACAAAAAAGAUCAGAAAUCUAAAGGCAUAAUGCACUCUCCCUUAGGACACUCUCCGGACAGAAGCCCGCCGUUAAGUGGCUCGAAUCACAUUGGAUAUUCUGGUCAGCUUCCAAACGUAAACAGCCUAAACUACGAUGCGCCGUCUCCUCCGUCAUUCGCCAAACCGCAACAGAAUAUGUACGGCUUGGCAGCCUACACGGCGCCAUUGGGCGGCUGCAUACCGCAACAGAAAAGAUACCCGGGAACAGAGUACGACCACCACAGCAUGCAGGGGAACGGUAGCUUUGCUAAUGCUAAUUUACAAAGUAGCCCUGUUUACGUCGGGGGAAACUUCGUUGAUUCAAUGCCAGCUUCGGGCCCUAUGUUCAACCUCGGUCAUCUUCCCCACCCCUCAUCCGCUAGCGUGGACUACAGCUGUGCCGCUCAGAUUCCGGGUAACCACCACCACGGACCGUGUGACCCCCACCCCACGUACACAGACCUCAGCUCUCACCACGCGUCUCAGGGAAGGCUGCAGGAUGCACCCAAACUCACGCAUCUGUAA